AUGAACAACGAAACCAUGUUGGUUCAACUUUGCAUAAAUGCAGCUUGCAAAACCACACAAACCAUUGACAAAUGGAGCUUACAGAGACGCUCUCUCGAUCGCUUACCUUCUCAUCUCGCUGACGCUCUCCUCCGCCGCCUCAUCACUCGCCGUCUCCUCCAUCCCUCCCUCCUCGCGGUUUUCAAACACAGUGCGGAAGAGAUUGAUUUGAAAGGCGAUAACUCUGUUGAUGCAGAAUGGAUGGCGUAUUUAGGAGCAUUUCGCCAUUUGCGCUAUUUGAACAUUGCUGAGUGUCACCGAAUCAAUUCUUCAGCUCUUUGGCCUACUGCAGGAAUGAAUAGUCUUAAAGAGUUGGAUCUAUCUAGAUGCUCGAAAGUUAAUGAUGCUGGAAUUAAUCAUAUAAUUUCCAUUCCUAAUUUGGAAAAGUUGCACAUUUCGAAAACCAGUGUUACUGCCAAAGGAAUCAAGCUUCUUGCAUCUCUUAAACUCUUGUCGCAUCUUGACUUGGGUGGUUUGCCGGUAGAUGAUGAGGCUUUAGCUUCGUUACAGGUACUGGAAAAUCUAUAA